GCCCAACCCCGCGAUGCCCUCCCGGGAUGGGGGGGUCGGUGUCCGAGUGGGCGAGGGUGGCUCAGGCUGCUCCUCCUGCAGCCACCACCUGCCAUCUUCUGUGGUACUCUGAGGAUGCUACCUUCCUCCCGGGAUCGGGGGACCAUAGAACCAUGGAAUGGUUUGGGUUGUAAGGAUGUUAAAAUUAUCAUUUAGUUGAAGGCCUCCCCUUUCCUUCCUCCGAUGCCAUGGAAUUCAGGAAGAAUUUCUUCGGGGAAAGAAUUGUCAAGCAUUGAAAUGGACUACCCGGGGAGGUGGUGGAGUCACCAUCCCCAGAGGUGUUCACAGAACGGUUGGACGUGGCACUUACUGGCGUAGUCUGGUUGAAAAGAUCAAGUCGCUUAAAGCCUCAUCCAACCUGACUUUGAGCACUUCCAGGGACAGCUUCUUGGGCUCCUCAAGUAGGAUGGGUAGGAAACAGAACUUGUCCUUCCAUCUAGGGUUCUCAUGUGGUGGUGUGAAGCCUGAGGGCUGGAGUAAUCUGCUCUGUGUUCACAUUCCCCAGAAGGUCCCAUUGGGUGAGGAAGGGUCAGGAUCUGUUCCUGGGUUGUAUCUGAGGACAUAUGAGGCAGCAGCACCCUGUCAGUAUCCACAAUCCACAAUCUGAGUGCCACAAUCGAACCAAGUGAGCAAUCAGAGCCAGGCCAUCCAGCAUAUCUGCGUUGUGCAGGCCUCCUCAACCCAUCGCUCCUUCUGCCACAUGGAACCUCUACAUCAUCUUUGUCGUAUCAUGAAGUUGCAAAAGGCAGACAGCAGCUGGAGCUGGUUCCACUGUUGCCCUCUUUGCACGCUUCCAUGCCACAAGAACACCCUCUGAGCUGCUUCUGAUGCCCAGCACCAAGCCCACCUCACCAUGGCCAGGUUGCUAUCUUCCAGACCGUGUGGUCAACAACUCAUCAGCUCAUUCCAGCCCUGCACCACAAGCUGGUACAAACUCUCCUCUUCUGAGCCUACAUUCUGGUUGGAUGGCAGACACUAUUGCCUUCAGGCAUAUUCCUUGUCUCCCAUGGGCCUUCCUCUUUAUUGGAGUGAUCGGUUCCAGUCCGGUCCCAAGAGGUUCUCCCCUUUUUGGGGAGAUCAGAUCCCCCAAUUAUCCCAAGCCAUAUCCCAACAACAACAUCAGCAGCUGGGAUAUUCAAGUCCCAAAAGGCUACGUGGUGAAGCUGACCUUCAAAUACUUUGACCUGGAACCAUCUGAGUCCUGCUUUUAUGACUAUGUUAAGAUCAAAGCAGACAAGAAGGACUUGGGCCGGUAUUGCGGCCGGCUUGGGUCAACCACAGGCAAUCGCCCGGGAAGAAAGGAGUUUGUAUCUAAGGGGAACAAGAUGCACUUAGAAUUUCGCUCUGAUUUCUCCAACGAAGACAACGGCACAGUGAUUCCCUACAGGGGCUUCCUGGCAUAUUACAGAGCUGUGGAUCUGGAUGAAUGUGACCCUAACAAUGCUGCUGAGAGCAACGACAGGCCUCAGUGCCAGCACUUCUGUCACAACUAUGUGGGUGGCUACUUCUGUUCUUGCCGGAUUGGCUACCAGCUUCAGAGUGACCACCACUCCUGCAAAGUGGAGUGCAGCAGUGAGUUGUUCACAGAAGCAUCUGGGUACCUGAGCAGCCCCGAGUACCCCCAGCCCUAUCCCGAACAGCUCCGGUGUAACUACAGCAUCCGCCUGCAGAAGGGCCUGUCUAUCUCCCUCAAGUUCUUGGAACCCUUUGAGAUUGAUGAUCACCAGCAAGUCCACUGUCCUUAUGACCAGCUCAAGAUCCAAGCACGAGGGAGAGAGAUUGGUGAAUUCUGUGGCAGAGAACCACCUGGCGUCAUUGAAACCAACAGCAAUGAGGUGGACAUACUCUUCCUCACCGAUGAGUCAGGGUUCAGCCGUGGCUGGAAGAUCCACUACACCUCAGAGAAAAUACGGUGCCCACAGCCUGUCCCACGGGAUCAGUUUACCAUCAUCAGAGACCUGCAGCCUGUGUAUCAAUUUCAGGACUAUUUUGUUGUCAGCUGCAAGACUGGGUAUAACCUGAUGGAGGGCGACCGAAAGCUGGUGUCCUUCACAGCUGUCUGCCAGGCUGAUGGCACAUGGCAUCAACCCAUGCCCCACUGUGAAAUUGUGAACUGUGGCAGCCCUAAAAACCUGACCAAUGGUGCAUUCAGCUAUGUUAACAAAUCUGCAAACAAUGAGUACCAGUCAGUGAUCUCAUACCGGUGCAAUGAGCCCUAUUACCACAUCGUCACCGGAACGGGAGGUGACAGAUUCACCUGCUCUCCUGAGGGAAUCUGGCUGGAUCAAGACGGUCAGAAGAGAAUUCCAUCCUGCUUGCCAGUGUGUGGGAAGCCAGUCCAUCCUGUUAUUGAAUUCCAGCGGAUCUUGGGUGGCAAAUCAGCAGGGAGAGGCAAUUUUCCUUGGCAGGCUCUGACUGCCAUCAAUGGACGAGGGGGUGGUGCACUCCUGGGCGAUCGCUGGAUCCUGACUGCUGCCCACACCAUCUUCCCCAAAGGAGGAGUACAGAAUAAUGUGAGCCUGGAGCAGCUGGCAGAGGAGGCUGACAUUUUCCUUGGCCACACCAACGUAGAUGAGCUCCACAAGAUGGGUAACCACCCUGUACGUAGGAUCUUUAUCCAUCCAGAUUUCAACCCUAAAGAUGAGCACAACUUCAACGGGGACAUAGCCCUGCUGGAGCUGAGAAACCCAGUAACUCUGGGCCCUACACUGCUGCCCAUCUGUCUCCCAGAUGCUACCAACACCUCGUUCUACACCCAUGGGCACAUGGGCUACGUGAGCGGCUUCGGUGUGGAUAAAAAUCGCAUCUCAAGCGAUUUGAAGUAUGUGAGCCUACCAGCAGUUGCUCGAGAGAGGUGUCAGAGUUGGCUAGACAAUAAUAAGAAAGGUAUCCCCAUGGUUUUCUCUGAGAACAUGUUCUGUGCUGGCUUUCUCGAAGGCAAGCAGGACACCUGCCAGGGGGAUAGCGGGAGCGUCUUCACGGUGUUAGACAGGGAAAGUGAUCGCUGGGUGGCUACCGGCAUCGUUUCCUGGGGAAUCGGCUGUGCCACAGGCUACGGUUUCUACACCAAGAUCCUCAGCUAUUUGGACUGGAUCAAUGGGAUAGUAAAGGAGGACAGGCCCUAGGAGUUGCUGUCCUACUAACUGAAGCACAGUUAGCAUAUCAAUUUCCAGACAUGGUAAAUCAUAGCCAAAGCUUUCGAUGGUGUCCCAAAGGCUUUUCAAACUUGCAAAGCAUGUAACCUUCACCAUGAGCACUUCUGAAAGCUGCCAUGCUGUUUGAUUGUACCAUUGGCAGCUUGGGGAAUGCCUUUGUGCAUGUUGGGGUUCAUACAAAUGUUAAAACAAUGAAGCCUUAAUUGUAUCAGGAAAUCUCAUGACAGCAAACAUGUUACGGUUUGAAAUGCUGAUGAUAUCAUGAAACUACUGCAGUCUACUUUUGUAAUCUCUUUUGUGGGAAGGUUGCAGGGAAGAAGACUUCCUUGAAGGAUGGGGUGGUUUCUGCAGAGUACAGUGUGUGUAAGCCCAUUGGCAUCUGUGAGAUUCUAUGAAUAUUAAAAUGCUUCCUGGAUAAA